GCGGGAGCUACCCGAGUCCUCGGUGACAGGGCCUCCUCCGUUCUCUCCCUUGUCCCUCGCCGGCCCUAGCGACGGACGACACGAGCGGGUCGAGCAUGGCGCGGGCGGCCAUCUCCGAGGUGUCCGAGUACCUAAGCCAGAAUCCACGGGUGGCCGCCUGGGUGGAGACGCUGCGCAGCGACGGCGAGACGGACAAGCAUUGGCGCCACCGCCGCGAGUUUCUGCUUCGCAAUGCCGGAGACCUGGCCCCGACCGCCACCACCGAGGCCGCCUCGGUGGAAUGCGGGGACCGCCGUCGCCAACUGCAGCAGCUCGUCUCUUCCUCCAUGGCCUGGGCCAACCAUAUUUUUUUGGGGUGCCGGUAUCCACCAAAAGUUAUGGAUAAAAUACUUAGUAUGGCUGAAGGCAUCAAAGUGACAGAUGCUCCAAUCCAUACAACAAGAGAUGAACUGGUUGCCAAGGUGAAGAAAAGAGGGAUAUCGAGUAGCAAUGAUGGGGUAGAAGAGCCGUGCAAAAAGCGGGCAGUUGAAGGAAAGAGCAGUUCUGCUGGUGGUCAGGAUGCUUCGAAGACUUCUGGCAAAACAGAGCAGGCAACACCAAAGCAGGAAGUCAAGGUGGGGCCAGUGUCAUCCACUAGAUGUGUGGGGAGUGGAGAGAACCUAAGUCGGAGCUCUAGCAGCACCUUGGAGAGGGGGAGUGUACUUUCCCAAGAGGUGGCAGGAGUAAAGUGUCAGAAUAAAUCCACCAGUGAGCUGACAGCUGAAAAUCUUGGGUCAAAGCAAAGCAUCAGCACUUCUCAGGUUGCAGCAGCAGGCCCUGAAAAGGUUUCAGAGGUAGAAACGUCAGACAAACAUAGUACAACGUUAAUUUCAUCUGUGGCAAAAUCCAAUAGUCUUGGGACCCAGCUGACUGAUUCCAAACAACAAAAUGUAUCACCUAAAAAGAGUGUUUUGGAGAGCACUUCAUCUUUGGCUUCUCAGAGCAGUUCAGAGACAGAAGUGCCCCUGUUGACUUCUCAAAGCAGGUCAGAGACAAGUGUGCCAUUGUUGGGUUCCCCAAGCAGCUCAGAAGUAGAGUUGCCACUGUUGUCCUCCAAACCUGGGUCAGAAUUACUGCCCCUAUUAGGUUCCAAAACCACUUCAGAUGUAAGCACAUCACAAUCAACUUCCAAAACUAGCUUGGAGUCAAGCAUUUCAUCAUCUGUUUCUAAGAACAGUUCCUCAUCUAGUGUGCAAAUGUUAACUCCCAAAAGCACCACCUCAGCAAGCACUUUACUGCUGACUUCUAAAAGCAGCUCCCAGGUAGCUGCUACACUGUUGGCUUCUAAAAGCAGUUCGCAGGCAGCUGCAUCACUGUUGUCUUCCAAAAGCAGCUCCCAGCCAAGUGGAUCAAUGUUGGCUCCCAAAAGCAGUUCCUUGGCGAGUGUAUCCCAGCUGGCUUCUAAGAGUAGCUCUCAGACUAGCACAUCACAGUUACCUUCUAAAAGCACUUCACAGUCAAGUGAGAGUUCUGUUAGGUUUUCUUGCAAAUUAACCACUGAAGAUGUAAAACAGAAACAACCUUUUUUCAAUAGGUUAUAUAAAACUGUUGCAUGGAAGUUAGUGGCUGUUGGUGGCUUUAGUCCCAAUGUGAAUCAUGGAGAACUUCUAAAUGCAUCUGUGGAGGCUCUAAAAGCAACAUUGGAUGUUUCUUUUGUUCCACUAAAAGAACUGGCAGAUCUGCCUCAAAAUAAGAGUUCUCAAGAAAGUAUAGUUUGUGAAUUGAGGUGCAAGUCUGUUUAUUUGGGUACUGGCUGUGGAAAGAGUAAGGAGAAUGCCAAGGCAGUAGCAUCAAGAGAAGCUCUGAAGUUAUUUCUCAAGAAAAAAGUGGUGGUUAAGAUAUGUAAAAGAAAAUACAGAGGAACUGAAAUUGAAGAUUUGGUGCUUCUUGAUGAAGAAUCAAGACCUACAAACUUACCUCCAGCUUUAAAACAUCCUCAGGAGCUACCAUAGCAUGUUUAAAAGGUCACUGCAUAAAGCUUAUAUAGUGUUUUAACAUGUGAACUGAAGUUUACUUUUGUACACUAAAAUACUGGCUUUCAACAUUUUGUAUUGCUUUUCCCUCUAGUUUUGCGGAAAACUUAUGUUCUAGUUGUCUUCACCUAGUAGCAGCAGUUGUAAGUAAUUUAUGAAUGAAUGACAGUGUGCAUUUAAAGGUAUGCCUUAACAUCAUAGCACACCAGAAUGCUGUUUAAUUUGCUAAAGAGUAUACCCGUGUCUUCUCUUUUUAAUGGUACAGUAGGUACGGUAUGCAGUUCAGUAUAGUCUUAAUACUUUUUGUACUAAAAAUUUGGUGAAAAUGUAUUAUGAGUGUUACCUUUCGCUUUUUUUUUUUGGCAGAAAAAAAGACCCCUCCAUGUGACAGUAAUGGGGACCACAGUAUUUAGAUGGGUGUCUAAAAAUCCAAGAAAACUGGAGAUUUUUUAAAGUAUAGAGAACUUAUAAUGUUAAAUAUGCCUGUUAAAGAGGAAAAAAUAGUUGCUUCAGACUAUUUUUCUUAAAAGUUGUAAACAUUUUAAAAUAUGAAGCUGUGUGAAGUAUUUAACAUUAUUUUACACUAAAAUUGCUGCUUAAUUCAGUAAGAUAAUAUUCAACUACUUAAAUUCACUAGAUAAAUUUAUGUUCAAGGUAAAAUACCAUUUAACAUCUUUUUUUCCAAAUGAAUGGAUUUGUAUAUUAAGCACAUUUGUGACUGCUACUAUAAAAACACUUGAUUUGUUUAGAUAUUAAAUGCUCUAAGCUAUUUUACCUUUUUAAAGAAGUUUUUGUGGUUUUUCCCAAGCUAAAAUUAAUUCCUUGGAAUAGAAGUUGUUGUGUUUUUUGUUUGUUUGUUUUUAAGGAUCAGUUACUGUAUCCACCUGAUAAUUUUCCAUAAUUAACUUAUUCCUCCGGAUAGGCAAAGCAUAUUUUUCAAAUCAAAUACUAGAUACUUUGAUUUUUACUUGUAAAUAUGUUUUAGAAGAGGAUGUUUGGGAGGAACUGAGUUAAAUGAUUUCACUAACAAGCAUGUUAAUUUCUUGUGAUCUAAAUUUUAAUUGCAUUUGAUGGUAGUGACUAAAUGGAAUCUUGUCAUGCCACAAUAUCAACUCACUUUAUUGAGUUGGUAAAUAUUCUUUGGCUCUUGAAAUAGCUAUAUUAACUAGACUAACUUCACUUUCUGCAUCUGACAUAUUUACCCUAAGGCUUGGUUACCUUUCUUAUCUUUUCCCUGGUUCUCUGAAUCUUCCUUCUUUAGGUAUAAGGCAUAUUACUCAGUAAUUAUAGGUCGGAAGAGAGAAGGGAGAUCAACCACCUUGCAGAUGCUUUUUACACUUCUAAAGGGAAACUACCUUAGAUUGUAGAGAAACUAGAACUUAUGUUUCUGGAAGCCCUUACUGCUUUCAAAAAAUUUUUAUGACAACAUUUGUUUGAACUUUAUGAAAAUUCUGUGAAAUAGGACUUUUUAGAAGACAAAACGUGAAACUCACAGGUUUUGUGACUUAAUAAAGUCACACAGCAAAUAAUUGAGGAACAGACCACUGGGUCUCUUGGUUCUCAAAUCAGUGGGCUUUCUGUCUGGCUGCCUUUUUUGGAGUAUAUGGAAAUGUUUCUUUCUAUUAUACCUUAGAAAUUAGUAGCCAAAGUUAUUCUCUAUGGAUUUUAGCAUUUAAAACCUAAUUAGUAAUGAGGUUCUACUUCACAAAGUGACUGUAAAAAGCCACAUGUAGAUUUUUUUCUGUACUUUAGAUUUGUGAUUACAUUAGUGUGAAUACACCCUCCAUUGGUGCAGAUUACCACAUCUUUCUGCACCUCAGUAUAGAUGGUCUUUAUGCUGUAGCUAGCCUGUUUAUCCUCCCAGGAGAGAUACCGUAGUCUCUUUGUAGACUCUUAUCUCUUGAAAGUCUUUUCCCUCUUGAGAGAGAAUCUGCAGCCUACAACAGUUAUUAAAGAGUCCCAAGAUUACUGCCAUUCCACAGUGAGACAGAGAUGAAAUUCAGUGGAGGUUUUAACUAACUGCUAAUUUUAAUUUGUAUCCUUAGAAUGAGUUACUUGGACAACUUCCUUAAGUGUCAGUAAUGUAUACAUAGUGUGGAAAUAAGUUUCCAUUGCUCUUUAUCUCAGGUCUCCUGGGGAGGAGAAGAAAGGAUGGGGUAGUGAUUACUUAGAAGUAUAGAUAAGAGCAGAAAGAAGCAAAUCUUGUAAUUUACAGAAUUAAUUUCAAAACAGGCUGACUACAGAUGUAUGGAAGGACCCUAUUCUGAGCUAGAAUAUCCAAAUACUUUUACCUUGUCUUUUUGUGAGAUGAAAUAGAUAUUGAAUAUGCUAGCUACAGGAAUUUCUUGGUAUAAAAAAAAUGCGAUCUUUUAAAAAGUACCGUGUGAAAGGAAAGUUACAAAUAGAAUAAGGAAAAUUAUGUCAUCAUGAAUGUUGGAAAAAUACACAAUAAUUUAAAUUUAGUUGAUCAAAUUAAAAAGACUUUAAAAAUAACCUCUGAAAGUUAUGUAUGAUAAGGCAAACGACUAAUCUUUUUUAAAAUCAACAUCAGCCUUAGAUUUAUAGAGCACUUAACUCACUGCCUUGUGAGGUGAUAGGCAGUACAAGUAUUAUCCCCAUUUUAUAGGUGAGGAAUCUGUCUCAGGUAUCCUCAAACCUCUAGGAAUCCUGACUUCAUGUCCAGUCCUCCAUACAUCCAAAUGAGUUUUGUGUUCCUUCAGACUCAUCUCCUUGGGAUACUUUACAGCAGUAAUGCUUGCACUAUUAAGGACUUUUUUUGGAAUUGUUUUCAGAGUUUAUCUCAUUCUCAGUGGUGACAAGUCUUCAUCCUCAGAGUGGAUUUGACUUUUGGAAAUAGUCAAGUGUCACUGAGCCAGGCCUGGCAAAUAAGGUGGGUAAUCAAGCAAAGUAUGAGACAAAAUAGCAGAAUACGUUCUUGUGUGGCUCAUUUGUUUGCUCCAAAGGUGAUUGCAGAAUUUUCUGGUGGAACAGCAUCACUUGGAAUCAGAUGAACGAAUUCUUUGGGAGCAACAAAUGCCCUUUCAGUAAGCCUGGCCUCAAGCACUAAAGAUGGGAUGGAAUGAGUUAUUUGUUGACUCAGCCUCCCAAGAUAAUUUCCCUUAAGGUACAGCUUUAAUGGAUGUGUUCUUAAUUUUUAAAAUUUCAUUUCACGGUCACGUAUUAGAAAGGUCCCACUUAUAUGUGCUUCCUUCCACCCCACCCCCCAUGUUCCCUACAUUGUAGUCCAGUUUAAAUUCUAAUGUUGGCAUGUGAGUAUCUUGUUGAAAGUAGGUCCUUAGUAUCAACUUUGUAUUGGCUCCAAAUUCUCUGCUGCCUGAGAUCAUUGCUAAGACAGUGCUACACUUUGACUAUACAUUGUUGCUCAAAAUACUGCCUUGGUUUAACAGUUUGAAAAUUUUUUUAUUAUAAACUUAACUAUCAACAACGAGGGGGAAAAUCACACAAAACCAUAAAAAAGCUUUAAUGAAAUAACAUCUAAUUUGCUGUCUUCUGAUUUCUGUCUACUUAUUAGAUUAUGUUAUGUUAGUUUUUCAUAAUGAUCAAUGUCUGUGCAUAGUGUUGCAAUGUACAUGCAUAAUGUUUCAUAAUAAAGCAUUAAUACGGUA